UUUGCUAUUUGCGCAUGCGCGUACUCAGUCCGACGUUAGCUGAAAGUGCUAGUGUGGUAGAACUGAAUGGAGACAGAAGCAGUGACAGAAAAAAGGUAAUUUGAGCAUUAACUCUGUCUUGUUAGCGGUGUGAUCUCUUAUCAGCUGCCAGSUUUAGUGAGCAGUCUACAGUUAGCUCGAAGCUAAUUCGGCCGUGUUUGCUGUUGCUAACCCGGCUGCCGGGGCUUCCUUCCCCACUCAACAAGUGCCUGGAGAUGCAGAGGCUAAAAUAUUUGAAAAGUUGCUGGCAGCUGCUGAAAUCGAGCUGUGAAGGAGCAACUAAGCUCUCGUCUUCCAUCUCAAGAAGCUAUAGCCGUCUCCCUCCACGGGGCCCCAGCUCGUUUGGACUCCUCUUCGACAUCGAUGGGGUUCUGGUCCGGGGCAGGACACCCAUCCCUGCAGCCAAGCAGUGCUUCAAGAACCUCGUGGACCGGAAUGGGAAGUACAAGGUGCCCGUGGUGUUCGUCACAAACGCUGGAAACUGCAUGAGGCAAACCAAAGCUGAGCAUCUGUCUCACCUGCUCGACGUGGAGGUGUCUCCGGACCAGGUGAUGCUGUCUCACAGUCCUCUGAGGAUGUUUACCCAGUUUCACAAAAUGUGCGUGCUGGUCUCGGGACAGGGUCCUGUCGAGGAGGUCGCUUACAAUCUGGGUUUUGAGGAUGUGGUCACUAUAGAUAUGCUCAGAGAGGCCUAUCCUGUCUUAGAUGUUGUGGAUCACAACAGAAGACCUAAAGAUAGUAUUCCACCCACGAAAGGCUUACCACCAAUAGACGCCGUCGUCCUGUUUGGUGAGCCGAUCAGAUGGGAGACCAACCUCCAGCUCAUCAUCGAUGUCCUCCUAACCAGCGGGAACCCCGAUAGAACCUGGAAUCCAACCCAAUAUCCUCACAUCCCGGUCCUGGCCUGUAACAUGGACCUGCUGUGGAUGGCCGAGGCCAAGAAUCCGAGGUUUGGUCACGGGAUGUUCCUGGUCUGCUUAGAGAACUUGUACAAGAAGGUGACAGGCUACGAGCUGAAGUACGAGGCUCUGAUCGGCAAACCGAGCGUGGUGACCUAUAACUACGCUGAGCUGCUGAUUAGACAGCAGGCUGAGAAUCUUGGUUGGACCACACCUGUGAAGAGACUAUAUGCUAUAGGCGAUAACCCCAUGGCUGACGUUUACGGCGCUAACCUCUACGAUCGCUUCCUUCAGGCCUCUCACCACGCCAAAGCCAAAAUGCAGGCCAGCAGUGGYGUACAAGCCAUGGAUCGCACGGAAGAAGCCGAGAUGACGUCAACAGAACUAGGUGGAGCGGCGGACGUGUACGGCUCAAAGGAGGACCUCCCUGAGGGGUGCAGCUCCGUCCUGGUGUGCACGGGCGUGUACAGCAGGGACCAGCGGGAGCUGCCRUUGGACCCGACGCAGACCGUCACGGAGCAGCACAUCUUCCACGGCCACCGGGACUUCCGCUUCGACCCGACGCUCAUGCAGCCAUCCUUCGUGGUGCAUGACGUAAAGGAGGCGGUGGAGAUGGUGUUCCAGCAGGAAGGCUGGCCUCUGGUGUAGAACCAGCAGCCUUUCAAAACUCGAGUCUUCUUUAAAGGAAUCCCCGAUUAGUUGUAACAUUAGACUUUAUUUGAUGAACAUAUAUUUUA